AUGAAUUUUGCUAUUGCUUUCACUGCUUUAUGUUUUUAAGCAUUAGUCCUGUAUCCUUGUCAUGACACUAUCUCUGAGUAAGUCGACAAGUUGGAGAAAAAUAUUGUGAGAUUGGAAUAGAUGGAAGUGGAAUUAAAAACUCAUAUGGAGAGAAAUUAGGAGUUAAUCAAGCAUAGAAUAAUUAUGAAUGGAAAAAAUAUAUGA